GUGGUGGCACAAAUGGAUUGCGUCGGAUCCGAUACCGAGAUGAUGGACAUCUCCAGCCCGUACGAUCGCACCAUGUCGGUCACGAUAGUGCUGUUCUACACGUUCGUCACGCUGUUUAUGUUUCUGUCCUACAACCCGAAGCCGAAGAAGAUCAUCGAAUCGAUCCGAAGCUUCCUGCUGCAUCUGCUCCACCAGCACACCGGUGACGAGGGUGGCGGACUGCCCACACCGACGGCGGCUUGCGCCACCCCGCCCGAGCCGGACGAGUGUCUGCCGAAGGUGAGAUCGAUCUGGGACAUACCAGGACCAAGGCGUUUGCCCUUGAUCGGUACCAAAUGGCGAUACUUUCUCGGUCGGCAGCGGUACGCCAAGGUGCACGAAACGUUCGCCGAGAUGCAUCGGCGCUACGGUUCAAUCAUGCUCGACGUUGACACGGUCCCGAUCGUGAAUCUGUUCGAUCGUGCCGACAUGGAGAAGGUGCUCAAGUACCCGAGCCGCUAUCCCUUCCGGCCACCGACGGAAAUUGUCGAGGUGUAUCGAAGCAGCCGACCGGACCGGUUCGGGGUGACCAAUCUGAUUAAUGCGCAGGGCGAAAAGUGGCACGAACUGCGCAUGAAGCUCACGACGGGAAUCACCUCCAGACGCAUCUUGCAAUCCUUCAUACCAUCCGUCAAUGAGAUAUGUGAUGACUUUGUGGAGUUGGUGCGCCACCAGCGGACAGAGGACGGCACGAUCCGGAACUUCCAGGAUAUAGCAAACUCCGUUGGGCUAGAGAUUAUCUGCUGUCUGGUGUUGGGACGGCGAAUGGGCUACCUGACGACAAAUAGACAGAACGAAAAAUUUAUGCGCCUUGCCGAAGCCGUCAAGGAGUCGUUCGUUUACAUCGGUGAGAGCUACUACGGGUUUAAGCUGUGGAAGUACGUUCCGACGCGACUCUACCGUAACUUUGUGCGUUGUGAAGAAAUCAUCUACGAUACCAUCGCAGAGAUUGUAUACGAGGCGCUGGAGGAAGAACAGCUCAACUGUCCCGACAACGACGUGAAGCACAUCUUCAUCAGCAUACUCCAAACGGAAGGGCUGGAUACGAAGGAGAAGAUAUCCGGCAUUAUUGACCUCAUUACCAGUGCCAUAGAAACGCUUUCCAACACACUCUCCUUUUUGCUGCACAACCUCAGCCAGUCGCUCCAGCAUCAGCGUGAGAUUGCGCAAGAAUUUAGCCACUGUGUGCAGAACAUCACCAACGAUGAUCUUGUGAAUGCUCGCUUCACCAAGGCAUGCAUCCAGGAGUCGUACCGCCUGUCACCCACUACGCCCUGCUUGGCGCGAAUUCUUGAGGAAGACUUCCAGCUCUCCGGCUAUCAUCUGCAGGCGGGAACACUCGUGCUGUGCCAUACGCGCGUUGCCUGUCAAAGUGAGGACAACUUCCAUCAUGCAGAUCGCUUCCUGCCGGAUCGUUGGCUCGAGCAGCGGGAUGAAAACCACAACGUCGUGAACAAGCGACCGGAACCGGGUGCAUCGAUUGUCCUGCCCUUUGGCAUCGGUCGCCGAAUGUGUCCCGGGCAGAAGGUUAUCGACAUCGAGUUGACACUGCUGGUGGCAAAGAUAUUCCAAAACUUCGAGAUCGAUUAUCGCAGUCCCCUCGAUACACAGUUCCAGUUCCUGUUGGCACCACGCACACCGAUAGAGAUUAGGUUCCGGGAUCGAACGUAAAGAGUCCGAUAGCGCUUUGCGGAAGUGGACGUGCAGUACAGCAACGAAAUUUCACACGCACCGCAACCGGAACACACGUAACACAUUCGCUACUACCUCGUACACAAGUUCGGUACAAUACGAAGAGGGUGAGGGUCUAGGCGCAUUGCCCUGAAGCAGGAAACCUCGGGAAGGGCCCGGUAGAUGGGUUCGUCAUACGUACGAUUAGAAUCAUAUUGAUUAGAUCGCAUUGCGAUAUGAACUACCUUGAAUAGAACUGAUAUCAUAUGAAUUCCGUUUCCUAGAGAUAGAGAAGAGUAGCAACAGGUGAACUGCAUAUCGGAACACACACUGUGAAAGACUAACUAUAGAGACUGUAGCUAUAUACUAUAUCGUUCAUCGCUUAGCAGGAGCAACGCCGAAGCUCCAUUAUUUGCAUAGUAAAGCGCUCCUCUUUGCCUGGCGAACAGGAGCUCGCUUUACCGUAGUUCGUUAGUGUACCGACUGCAGAAUUGGUACAGAGCGGUUCGCCCUUUUUUGCGACCGAAGAUGCAUUAUUUAUUACGUAUAUA